GUAGUCUUGUCUCGCUCGCACUCAGCCCUCUGGUCUCUCGUCCCCCUCCGAUAGCACCCGAGAGAAGCCGAAACCCUCGCCGCGCCGCAGCGAGCGAGCAAUGGCCGGAGAAGACGCCGCCGCCACCAAUUCCGCAGAGCCACGUAAGCCCCUCAAGGAGGAAGAAGACGACGACGAAAUGGACAACGUUCCACUCGCUCUUUCUAGGGGCAAGAAAUCGGGCAACGCGAGUGCCUCUAAGGUCAAGGAGGAGGAAGAGGACGACGAGCUCGACAAGCUGCUGUUCUCGCAUCCUCGGGCAAAGAAGGGAAAUGAGAAGCAGAGAAGCACUGCGAGCAGCAAUGCCAAGGCUUCUAAAGUUAAGAAUGAAGAAAACGACUCUGAUGAUGAUUUCAAGCCAACGGUGCAGAAGAAAAGUGCAGCUGCCGCCAAGAUCUCCAAGGUUAAGAAAAUAAAAGAUGAAGAUUUGGACCUUGAUAUCAAGGAGGAAAAGAAAAGGAAGAAGGGAGGAAGUACUAAGGGAGAUGAAAAGAUGUCUAAAAAGGAAGAUAAGGAGAAGGCGAAGAAAGAGAGGAAGGUGUAUGAAUUGCCAGGGCAGAAACAUGAUCCUCCUGCAGAAAGGGAUUCAUUGAGGAUAUUUUAUGAAUCGCUCUAUGAGCAGGUGCCCACUAGUGACAUGGCUGCAACCUGGUUGAUGGAAUGGGGGUUGCUCCCGUUGGAUGUGGCUAGAAAAGUUUUUGAGAAGAAACAGGGCCAGAAGGUGAAGUCACCGGUCAAAAUAAUCACUGCCAAGAGAAAGCCUGCUUCUCCAGCCAAGAAGACACCACCAUCAUCUGCGAAGAAGACCUGCUCAGCUGCGAACAAUGCUGGAAAAACGUCACAAAAGAAGAGGAAGGCAAGCAGUGACACAGAAGACGAUGAUGACGACUUCGUAGCUCCUAAGAUGAAGACCAAAAGGCAAAAGGCCUCUAGUUAGGACGUGUUCUUCAGACAUAUUGCUACAUCAGGAUAACCUUAGGAAAUGACGAAAAAAUUGCUUCCACCCAGUGAUGGAAAUGGGCAUCUGGAGCAGAACUACUGAAGCCAAGUGGUAUCGAUAACCAAGUUUUGUUGAAACUAGUAUGUCAGUGGCUUCUCAGAUUCAGAAUGAACGGAAAAUGUUGCAAACUUUUUUGUUGCCGUUUCACUUAGAUUUUACGUAGUAGUUGCAAUUUUUUCU